ACCUCACCUCACAACGUUUUCCAUCAACGUCAAUGCAUAGUGGUUGGGAAAGGAGUUUCUAACUUUUCUACCGGAGCCCUUGUUUACAUGCGUGAGGUGGAGCCGGAUGUGACGUCAGCGUCUCUGUGUACAGCAGCUGAUCGGAGCACUUCACGUCACCAUUCCUAUUGUUUUUACAGGGAAAAGGGGAGAUCCGUUGCUCACUUUCGUUGGAAAUUGCAGCGCAUGUAGAUGAUACUCGACCUGCGCGAGGCCUGUUCGCUGCAGCUGAUUUACCGCAGUCCUACAUGCUAUGCUAAGCUAAGUGGCUAGCCGUGACCGUCAGCAGGAUAGAUGAGCCUAAAGCCCAGGUGGUAGGACAGGGAACGUCUCCAGCACCAUGGCUGCGUGAGCCACUCAGAGACGUCUACAGAGCCAGACUGACCACUUGUACUUUUACAACUCAGUGCAGCUCAGUUCAUCUUGAGACCAUCUGGAAUAUGUGGCUCAAACUGUUCUUCCUGCUGCUCUACUUCAUUGUGCUCUUCAUGCUGGCCAGGAUCUUUGAGGCGGUGGUCUGGUAUGAAACCGGAAUGUUCGCCACUCAGCUGGUCGAUCCAGUGACUCUCAGUUAUGAGAGACUGAAGACCAUCUUGGAGUGUCGGGGGCUGGGCUACUCCGGACUGGUGGAGAAGCAGGACGUCAGCGAGCUGGUGGAGAAGUCAGGAGAGUUGACACAAGGGGAGCUGUACUCAGCCAUCAAGAAAGAGAAGGAGCGAACGGAGCCAGGAGACUCCAGCAACACACAUUUCAGUGGAGAGAUGCACUUCUAUGAAUUAGUGGAAGACACUAAAGAUGGGAUCUGGCUGGUUCAGGUCAUUGCCCAGGACCGAGAGGCUCUGCUCAGUAAGUCCAACUGGGGAAAGAUGGUGCAGAAAGUGUCUCAGUUUGGGAUCAGAACUGGAACCUUCAACUGCUCUAAUGACAACAGGUCAUGUAUCAAGCGUGGCUGGCAUCGCUCCACGCUCAUCAUGUCAGUUCCCCAGACUUCAGCAUCGAAGGGUAAAGUCAUGCUAAAAGAAUACAACGGCCAUCAUAUUGAAACUGAACACAUCUUCCGUUGGAUGACCUCACAUGUGGCUCAUCGGAUCAAAACCCUACAUCAGCCUGAGCAGCUGGUGGAAGAGUGGCGCUUUGACCCCACCCAUCCAGUCAAGAUGUUUUUGUUCGCCCAUCUUUCCCAGCCCCCCGCCUUUUUCUCCUCGCUGUCCAUCAAGUUCACCGGCAGGAUUGAGUUUAUCUUUGUGGAUGUAUGUCAUUGGAACAACGACAGCAGCCUUCCAGAGAUCGGUGUGACACAUAGCCCUGCCUACAUCCUCAAGAUGCCUGAGGGCAUCUAUCGCUACGGCAGCAGUGUGGGGGAGUUCCUGUCCUUAGCUGCCAUGGACACUUUCCUGCGUUCAGUCCAGCCAGAGGUCAAUGACCUGUUUGUACUCAGUCUGGUCCUCAUCAACUUGCUGGCUUGGAUGGAUCUCUUCAUUACACAGGGAGCAACAGUAAAACGAUUUGUAGUUCUGAUCCGAACACUUGGAACCUACAACUCCAUUCUUCUGGUGUCCUGGCUUCCUGUUCUGGCUCUGCUCCAGUUGCCAUAUCUGGACACUCUGUAUGGUUACAGUUUGAAGCUGCUUCGUUAUGCUGACACCACCACACUGGCCAGCUUGGUGAGAGCUGACUGGACCUUUUACUCAUCCCACCCAGCCCUCUUCCUGUCCACCUACCUGGCUCAUGGCCUACUGGUCGACUACUUUGAGAAGAAACGCCGCUGUGAUCUCAGGAGCCGAGAGGACAGCACCACGAACCUGGAGUGGCUGGCCAGCCUGUGGGAAUGGUAUACUUCUUUUCUGCUCCGCCCGAUAACAUCGCUGCAGCAGGUCCCAUCAGACCACUCAGACUGGGAAGAUGAUCCAAACUUCUUGUUUGGGCAUUUGUCUUUCCCUGAUCUCUGGCUUCACCCAUUAAUGAAUGUGGACUACAUUGAAGCCCUGCCAACAUGGAGGUUCAGUGCAGUGAGUCAGUGCCGGGAGGGUGGCUCUGGUGAACAGCAGCAUGAAGAGACAGAAAGUUUACUUGCAGACACAGAGGAUUCUCCUCCUGCAGGUCCCAGCACACCUCCACAUGAGACCACAAGGUACAGGAGGCCACUGUGCUGUCAGGACAGCAGCAACCAGCUAUGUGUGUACAGCAACAUGGACCCUAGCGGCAAACAUCAAUGUGUGUGCGACAGGGCAACAGAGGAUGAUCACCUCACACCUCAGGCUGUCUCUAACCAGCAUCUCUGUGAGUGGCCAGGGUGGCCCUCUGAUAUGCUGCAUUGCUCAGAGUGCGUGGUGUGUCUUGAGAACUUUGUGAGCGAGGAGCUGCUGAUGGGUCUUCCAUGUGGCCACGCCUUCCACCAGCAGUGCAUUGUUGUGUGGCUGGCAACAGGCCGACACUGCUGCCCAGUGUGUCGCUGGCCCAGCUUCAAGAAGAAGCUGCAGAGAGGUGCACAGGGCAGCUCUGCUGAAAACACUCUGCAGGACUGAUGGUCAGGUGUCAUUGAGCCCUGCUCAUCUCCAUGGCCCCUCUGUACUCCCACUGCUUACAGGUAGCUUGUCAACAUCACAGCUUGCUUGGAUUGAAGUUGAGGCAUGGGGGCAGUGUGAAUGGAAGUGAUGAGGGCUCUUGUUGUCAUGAACCAUCAAUCAUCUUGUUUCCAUUCCUGUUUUUGAAGGUAAUGUGCUGGCCUUCACGGCAGACAGAUGAAAACCUAUGGAUGCUAUGAAAGCUUAGUCAUAACAUUCUCUGUAUAGAGAGUAUCGUGAUUCACACACUAAUCACAGGUUUAGUCUUUGUAAACUGUUCAGUGCAA